AUGCUUUACGGCCAGAACGGAGCGUACGACAGCCUUUCUAAAACCGGGUAUGAAGCAAUCGGGAUUUUUAAAAAAGAAGGUUACAACGGGCAUUUGUAUUUACUGACACGCCUUAGCCUGCUGGAGCUUUAUGAAUUGAACAGCGACCAUGUGCAACUGACCAAUGAGGGGCUUGAAAUAUUGAAAGAAGCUAAAGAAGUAGCGGAUACGCCUGCAAUUGCCAGGACUUUAGAUCUCCUUAGCCGGGCCAGUACCAUCAUUACAGAAGAGAAGAAAGCCAUUGCCUACCAGGAAGAGGCCGUUGCCUUAUUGCGGCGGGCAUCAGACAAAACGACCUUGCCUAAAACGCUGAACAACCUGGGACAGAGUUAUAAUGAGAGAGGGCGUUAUGAAGAAGCAUUGGCUGCCUUUUAUGAGGCAUUGCAACAUGCUGCGCCGGACGCCAGAAUCGCCGGCUAUACCUAUUGCUAUAUGGCUUUCGCGCAUAUGGGACUUGAUCAGCUGGAUUCCGCGGCUUUCGAUCUGAAGCGUUCCCGCAAAAUUGCCGACCGGUUUGGCGACCCCAGAAUUGCCCUGAAUAUUUACAGUGCUUAUGCCGAAUUAUAUGCCUUUCAGGAAAAGUACCCGGAAGCUUUAAAGAUACUGGACAGCGGUAUUGUAUUAAUGAAAGAAAAGGGGAUCAAUGCCCUGAUGCCAAGCUUCCAGAUCAACCGCGCCAAAGCUUUUUAUAAUAUGGAAAGGUAUAAGGAAGCACUGAGGGCUUAUGGUAUUGCCGACAGCCUGUUCGCUGAAUUAAAAGAAGGUGAGCUGCAAAAAAAGAUAGCAGAGCUGGAAACAAAAUAUAAAACCCGGGAACAGGAAACAUCGAUCCGUACCUUGUCACGUACAGCUUCUAUCCAACAACAGUGGUUGUUGAUCGUACUACUGGUAUUGCUGGUUGCAAUCGGCCUGGGGAUAUUUGCAUUGAUACAGUACCGGCGUCAAAAACGGGCAAACAAAGUCAUCUCCAGUCAGGCCGAACGGCUGCAAUGGCUGAUGAAAGAGAUACACCACCGUGUGAAGAACAACCUGCAGGUGAUCACUUCACUGAUCAAUAUGCAGCUUCGGAAAAAUGAUCAUCCCGAUGUGGCACGGUUGCUCUCCGACACCGUUACCCGUAUUCAGUCGAUCGCCAUUAUUCAUCAAAAGCUUUACCAGGAUAAAGAGCAGGAAGUGGUGUUACUCGCCGAUUAUAUACAGCAGUUGGCUAAGGCGAUCCAGGCAGUGCAUGGCACCGCAACGAUCAAUGUGCAAACGGAGAUCAUGCUGGAUAUUGAUACGGCUGUGCUGCUCGGAUUGGUGAUCACCGAGUUGAUAACAAAUUCCUGUAAACAUGCCCGCAAGGCAGAUGAAAGCCUGGUCAUAGCUAUUGAGGUAACAAGGAUUGAAGAAGGGUAUCGGAUGAUCUACCGGGAUAAUGGCCCGGGGCUUCCGGAGUUGCAGGGCAAUAACCGCAGCAUGGGCAUGCAGUUGAUCAGCCUUAUGAUACGGCAGAUGGCCGGUACGGCUCAGUGGACGAACCAGGACGGGCUUGUUUGCACGCUUUACUUUAAGGAUGAGCUGCAACGAAAGCAGAUUGCGUGA